GUCAUGAUUGAGGAGAAGUGUGACAUCGACUGGUGUCCGGAACAAGGAGACCACGGUGUAUGUAGCUACCAACCGUCAGAACGAAAGUGUCUCGUACUUUUUGCUUGA